GAGUGUUCCAGAUAAUCCCUUUCCCAGUCCUGCUUACGGGCUGCGUGCCUGGGCUCCCCGGGACCGUGGCUGGGGUUUGAGGAGUGCCUGCCCGGCUACAGGAUGAAGCUGGUCACCAGCUCCUUGAUUUUGUGGCUCAGCCUGGGGAGUAGCCUGGCAGAAAGCGACACCAGCCCUGAUGCAGAGGAGUCCUAUUCAGACUGGGGCCUCCGGCACAUCCGAGGCAGCUUUGAAUCUGUCAACAACUACUUUGAUUCCUUUCUGGAGUUUCUGGGAGGGAAAAAUGGAGUCUGUCAGUACAGGUGCCGAUAUGGAAAGGCACCAAUGCCCAGACCAAACUAUAAGCCUCAGGAGCCCAACGGCUGCAGCUCCUACUUCCUGGGUAUCAAGGUACCAGAAAGUAUGGACUUGGGCAUUCCAGCAAUGACCAAGUGCUGCAACCAGCUGGAUGUCUGCUACGACACUUGUGGUGCCAACAAGUAUCGCUGUGAUGCAAAAUUCCGAUGGUGCCUCCACUCUAUCUGCUCUGACCUUAAGCGAAGUCUGGGCUUUGUCUCCAAUGUGGAAAUAGCAUGUGAUUCUCUAGCUGAUACCGUGUUUAACACUGUAUGGACCUUGGGAUGCCGGCCCUUUAUGAAUAGUCAACGGGCAGCCUGCAUCUGCGCAGAAGAGGAGAAAGAAGAGUUAUAAGGAAGAGGUGCUUCCUUGAUGGGUUUGAGUGACACCACAGCUGUCAGUCUUGGAGAUGGUAGUGCGGCAGAUGAGUUCUCAUCCUUUCUUCCAAAAGCUUGGAUACCAUAAAGCAGGAGAAAGGAAAUACUGGACAGCUGAAAAGUGAGUCCCAUUCUUUGAGAAUUGGAAAAAAGACACGGAGUGAUCUGAAGUCUAUUCGUCAGUUUAACACUGGUCUCCCCAACCAAGACACAUUUGCCUGGAAAUUCAGUUCUUAGUUUAAAGACUAAAAUAAAGACUAAAUACUGGGAUUCCUGAACUUGAUAAUUAUAUUCAUAAGUGAAAUUUUGGAGAGUCCAACCAUUUGGGAAGGAAUGACUUUCCUCUAAGUCCAUGUUUCAGUUGCCAAUAAGCAUCUCACAUAUAAUAAAGUGUACUUUUUAGAAAAUAUGAAAAGAGAUGAAUGAAUUCCAUUAUCACCAAUUUGCUUCCGUUUCGCUCAGAAGAAAACAAACCCAACCUGGUAAGUUCCAUCAAUGAUAACAGUUAUUCCCACUGGUGCUGAAGAAGUAAGAACCUGUGGUCAAAGGCUUGCCUGAUGAAAGGCAAUGGAGGUGGAGGUCAGAUGGAGUUUGUUUGGUCUCUGAGGUUCCAUUUCUUUUCCUUCAGUGAACUAUUCCUAUUGAUAACCCCAAGUGCUAGGUGGUCUUCGCAUCAUAUUAAGAUCUGAGAAGCGCUUCAUAAAAACUGCCACUGAAGGUAACUUGGAAAAGUUCCUGACAUCUGAGGGGCGCGAGAGACGAGUGGCCAUUCCCCAAAUGGUGGUUCUCAACCCUGGCGGCAAAUGAGAAUCACCUGAGGAGCACUAGCAAACAAAGACUCUCCGGGGCUGGUAUCCACAGACAGGUACACCUUGCUUUGUUGAGUUUGGUUUUAUUGCACUUCACAGAUGUUACAUUUUUUACAAAUUGAAGGCAAGACCCUCCACCAGAAAAAAGGAUUAUCACUUGCUUUAUUGCGAUACUCAAUUUAUUGUUGUGAUCUAGAACCAAAUUGGACAUAUUUCUGAGAUAUGCUUAUGUUGGUAUUUUAUAAAGGUGAUCCUGGUGCCCUGUGAAGACUGAGGGCCAUGAAGGCCUGGGAUUGGCAAGUGAAAGCCUGUGGACCAAAUCAGGCCAAACACUUGCUUAUGUGAAGUUUUAUUAGAACACAGUCAUGCUCACGUGUUUGUGGCUGCUCCUGGGCUACGACAGCAGAGUUGAGUAUUUGUGACAAAGGCUGUAUGGCCCAGGGAGCCAAAAACAUUGACCAUUUGGCCUUUUCAGAAAAAUUCGGUAAACCCCCGAUAUAGGUAAUUUUCUCCUUUCUUUUCCUUUUGUUAAUUUCACUGGCCCAUCAAGAUGUUGACUGUAGCCAUUUCUAAAAAGAAAAAGAGGAAAAACUGUUUUCUGAUCUUAUGUAAACCCAUAAAAUUAAUUGGCAUAUUAAGAAAUUGGAUUUAACUGCAGAUAAAAUUUGUCUCUGUGGUUUAUGCUAUUUAUUUCAGUAAAAUUUAUUAAACACCUACA